AUGUUAGAAACGUUACGUGGGAAUCAGGUGCAUUCUGGUACUUCAAAAGGUGUCAACAAAAAGUUGAAUGAUCUUUUAGAGUCAUGCGAUAAUCUUCCAUCUGCAUCUUCCGAAUUGGGUUCAAUCCAGGUGAGUAUUAAUGAGUUGAGAAGACGUGUUUUUCAGUUGAGAAGUAAAAGUAAAGUUAACAAUGACUAUACUAAAGCUCAUUAUCUACUAGCCAACAGCGGCUUAACUUUUGAAGAUAUUGAUUCUUUUAUCAAGGACUUACAGACAAACCAAUUUUUGGAACCAAACCCACCUAAAAUAAUUGAGAGUGAGGAAUUGGAUUUUUAUUUAAGAACUAAGAAGGAAGAAAACAUUUUGAUGUCUAUUGAACAGCUUCUGAAUGGUGCUACAAAAGAUUUUGACAAUUUUAUCAAUCAUAACUUGAGUCUCGACUGGUCUCAGCACAAAAAUGAAGUUAUGAAAAACUUUGGUAUUCUUAUACAUGAUAAGAAAACCCUUGACCACAAAAAAUCCAUCAGUUCUUUAGACCCGAAACUUCCAAGUUGGGGUAGUAAAGGCAAUAACAUUUUGAAUAGCAACGAAUCGAGGCUAAAUGUCAACGAAAAUAACAUCCUCAGAGAGAAAUUCGAGAAUUAUGCAAGAGUUGUAUUUCAAUUUAAUAAUAGUAGACAAGCGAAUGGGAAUUUUGAUAUAGCAAAUGAGUUCGUCUCAAUAUUAUCUUCUGCGAAUGGUUCAAGGAAUGCUCAAUUGCUAGAGAGCUGGAAGAUUCUUGAAUCGAUGAAAAGUAAGGAUAUUAACAUUGUUGAGGUCGGGAAACAAUACCUUGAGCAGCAAUUUUUACAGUAUGCCGACAAUUUAUAUAAAAAGAACAUGAACGAAGGAUUGGCUACCAAUACUAAUAAAAUUAAAUCCUUCAUUGAUACAAAGUUGAAGAAAGCGGACAAAUCAUGGAAAAUUUCUAACUUAACUGUUAUCAACGGUGUCCCAAUAUGGGCCUUGGUUUUUUAUCUUCUAAGGGCCGGCUUAAUCAAAGAAGCAUUGCAAGUUCUAGUAGAGAACAAGGCUAACAUAAAAAAAGUAGAACAGUCAUUCUUGACCUAUUUUAAAGCAUAUUCCUCUUCGAAGGACCAUGGCCUACCGGUAGAAUUUUCCACCAAACUUCACACUGAAUACAACCAACAUAUUAAAAGUUCAUUAGAUGGCGAUCCCUAUCGCCUGGCUGUCUAUAAAUUGAUCGGAAGAUGUGACUUAAGUAGAAAAAACAUUCCUGCAGUUACCUUGAGCGUUGAAGAUUGGUUGUGGAUGCAUCUAAUGUUAAUUAAGGAAAAAGACACAGAUAAUGAUCCUGUUUAUGAAAGAUACUGCUUAGAAGAUUUUCAAAACAUAAUAAUAUCAUAUGGACCAUCUAGGUUUUCAAACUAUUAUUUACAGACACUUUUGCUAAGUGGACUUUAUGGUUUGGCUAUCGAUUAUACAUAUACGUUUAGCGAAAUAGAUGCGGUGCAUUUGGCAAUAGGGCUAGCAAGCUUGAAACUAUUCAAGAUUGACAAUUCAACACGUUUAGCGAAAAAGACUAAGAGAGACAUUAGGUUUGCAAACAUACUAGCUAAUUACACCAAAUCCUUUAGAUAUUCCGAUCCUAGAGUUGCUGUUGAAUAUUUGGUUCUAAUAACACUGAAUGAAGGUCCAUCUGAUAUUGAAUUAUGCCACGAGGCCCUAAGAGAAUUAGUUUUGGAAACUAAGGAGUUCACUGUACUCCUAGGUAAAGUUGGACGUGACGGUGCCAGAAUUCCGGGAGUAAUUGAAGAGAGACAACCUUUAUUACAUGUUCGUGAUGAAAGAGAAUUUUUGCAUACAAUUACUGAACAAGCAGCAAGAAGGGCAGAUGAAGAUGGAAGAACCUACGAUAGUAUAUUGUUAUAUCAGCUCGCUGAGGAAUAUGAUAUCGUUAUCAUUCUCGUCAAUAGUCUGUUAAGUGAUACACUCAGUGCAUCAGAUUUAGACCAACCAUUGUUUGGACGCGAUGAUAAUAGUGAGACGAAUCCUGUCUUAUUGGCAAGAAGAAUGGCAUCCAUUUAUUUUGACAACAGUGGCAUAUCGAGACAGAUCCAUACUAAAAAUAAAGAAAUUUGUAUGUCGCUUUUGAAUAUUUCUAGUAUCAGGGAGCUGUAUCUCAAUAAACAAUGGAAGGAAACAUUAUCGCAAAUGGAGUUAUUGGACCUGCUUCCUUUCACAGAUGAACUAUCUGCUAGAAAGAAGGCACAAGAUUUUUCUAGUCUGGAUGACAACAUUGUGAAAAACGUUCCUAAUUUGUUGAUUAUCACUUUGAACUGUAUAUCAAACAUAGUCCAUACCUUGAACGAGAGCAAGUAUCAGACGUCCACAAAAGGUCAACAAAUCGAUUCCUUAAAAAAUGUUGCGAGACAGUGUAUGAUUUAUGCUGGUAUGAUUCAAUACAGAAUGCCAAGGGAAACAUACAGCACUUUGAUCAAUAUAGAUGUCUCUCUAUGA